AUGACUCAAACCGACUCGGCCGAGAUUAUUCGUAUCAGAGAUUUCUCGGCGACUCAAUCGAAUUCUUGGCGAGUCAAGUAUCUCGAAGUCGUCUGGUCCCAAUAUCGUAUCGGAGGAAUCCGGUCCGGUGACUUUGAACCAUGUUUACUCCCCAAAGAAAUCGUCAUUCUGUGGAAUCGGAGGCAUUUAUCAAUGUAUGAUACAAUGGAAGAAUUCCUACAAACGAACAAUGGCCUUGUGCCAAUUACGUACUCAUACAAAGAAAUAAAGGCAAUGACCAACAAUUUUAAGGAGAAAUUAGGUGAAGGCGGCUAUGGUUCAGUAUACAAAGGAAGACUGCGAAGUGUUCAUUUAGCUGCUGUGAAGAUGCUAAACAAAUCAAAAGCUAAUGGACAAGAAUUCAUAGAUGAAGUUGCAACAAUUGAAAGAAUUCACCAUGUGAACGUGGCUCGACUAGUGGGAUUUUGUGUGAUCGCCUCAAAGGGUGCUCUAGUCUAUGAUUACAUGUCAAAUGGCUCCCUAGAUAAGUUAAUUUUCUCAGAUGGUCCAGAUGGUUCUCCAUUAAGUUGGAAGCAAGCUUGUGAGAUUGCAAAGGGUGUUGCUCGUGGGAUUGACUACUUGCAUCAAGGCUGUAACAUGCAAAUUCUGCAUUUUGACAUUAAACCGCACAACAUCUUACUCGACGAGAACUUUGUUCCAAAAGUUUCGGACUUUGGACUUGCAAAACUUUACCCGAUGCAGAAGAGUGUUUCAACUCUUACUACUGUGAGAGGAAUAUUAGGUUACAUGGCUCCAGAAUUGUUCUACAAAAGGGUUGGAAGAGUCUCGCAUAAGGCGAACGUUUACAGCUAUGGAAUGUUACUAAUGGAGAUGGCAGGAAGAUUUGACCAAGGAGAGGACAUAGAAAUCAGAGAUAAUGCAACUGAAGAUGAAAAAAUAGUUACAAGAAAAUUGAUUUUGAUAGCAUUGUGGUGCACACAGAUGACACUGGAUAAUCGUCCUUCAAUGAGAGGAGUCUUAGAAAUGCUUGAAGGUGAUCUUAGGAGCCUAAAAUUGCCCCCUAAACAGUUGUUUUAUCCUCCAGAUUCACCCAUAUCCAUGCAAAGAAGCAGUCAUACUAGUCCUUCCGUUGAGUCAACAGAACCACUGUGUAGCUCUGUUGCUUUAGAAAUAGAGCAGAUGGAUGACUAUACUCCUACAUUCACUGAAAGCUUUGUAUGGUAG